UCCGACUGUCUGUCCAGCGGCAACAGAAGCAGCAGCAGCAGGAGCUGUCUGUCGGAUGAUGCGUCGGAGUCCUCCUGCGUCUGCGUGCGUCGGCUCGCUCGUUGAAACCUAGAAUUGGGGCACGGCGGACUCGUACUUGAUCUCGUUCCUUCCUUCCUCCCAUCAUCCGACGCUGCCGUUCAAUUAUUACACAUUUGGCUGCUGGCUGUUCCUGCAGUCUUGCAGUCUCGCUCGCCUCGCCUCUCGGGGCUCGCAUUAUUGUCCGAUCUGCUUCUGCUGCGGUGCCUGCACUUUGGUGGCUUCCUGGCCACGUGCUUUCUUGCGUCGCUCUCACUCUCGCGCUUGCGCUCGCGAUCGACUCUGCCACCACAGAACUGCGCGGCUUGACUUGACUCGGCUUGGAUUUGGCGCCUGCUGUCAGAGUUCUUCGUGUUUUCAGAGGCUCAGAGGUCUAUCCGCUGGCCAGCAGCUACUGGUUCCUCUCGUUGGCUCGGGCCUCGUCUGGCUGUGCGAAGUCUCAUAAAUUCUGAUGAGGUGAAUAGAUGAGGUCGGUGUUUCAUCGGUUGCUCCCAUGGACAAGAGGAGCAGAGAACUCAUUUUUUGGGGAACUUGCGUUGUCAACGGAGAAUUAUGACUGAAUGCCCUUCAGUUAUUGAUGGACGGGUACACGUGAGGCCGGAAUUCAGCUUUGGAAUUUGCUCUCUCGAGUUUAAAAAUUCCCCCCUCUGCUUGCUACUACUUGCCACCAUGGGGGUCGAUCUUGUUCAUCGCAAGCCGUUCGGGUCACAAUAUUCAUAUUGUGCUCUGUAAGAUGCAUCUUCCAUCUCAUUUCUCUCUUUUGGUCGGUUACCGCACUCUAUUCUCUCUCCCCUUCUCGGAAUUGCCUGAACCUGCCAACAGCGUUCCAAGUGCUCUCGCAGAUGGUACCAAGUGGAAGUCACGCUUGGUGCUGAUAGAAAGUUAAGAAAGGGGAUUGCUCUGCGAAGGGGCAUUAAGCACGUCAGUCUUAAGUGCGCUUGAGGCGGACCUGGAAUUUGGCGUCACGAAGCUGGAACCAUGUCUCGUGUUUUCUCUCCUUCAACACUAAAGGAGGGCAGGAGUGGAGAAAAGUUUGAUUCUCGACAUGACGAGGGCGUGGUAAAUUACGCGAAGGGAGAGGGCCCAGUCCAACAUGUGAGAGCUCCGCCUGAAGCGCUUUCUUCGUACCGACGACCGACUUCGAAGGAAAGUUCUGCUUACGUGCUAUGGCCACCCUCUGGUCGACAGAGGCGUAACGCGGAUGAGAGAGCUGCUUACUUUAGUCGAUUGGUUAAGCUUAGAGAGGUCGAUGCUGAAGGGAAACUGCCCAGAGGUAAGCAGGCGAGCACUAUGGUAGACUUGAUGACCAUACGCGGAUUUCACAGUAAGGCCCUGCGGCUCUACAGCCUUGGUACGGCGCUCGGAUUUCGCACCCGCGAUGGCAUAUUGACGAACAUCCCAGCGAUUAUCGUGUUUGUCGGUCGAAAAGUGCACCCCCAAUGGCUCUUGGAUGUCCAGAUACUACCCACCACUCUCCAGGUGCAUAUAAAUUCUUACCCUCCUUGAGUUGUGAGAUUUAUACUUGCACCGUUCGGAAGCUCAAAAGUGUGCAAAAAAUCUACACAGAUGGGUGGCUCUUUGCCUUGGCAUUCUUAUUCCACUUCUUGAUGCAUCGAGCCUGUCCUGCUUUGGAUUUGGUCACAGAGAGCUUCUUGACGGCAUUCUACAGGAAGCUCGUCCGACCUCAACUUGAAUCCAGAACUUUUGUACCUAUCACGGCUUUUGUUGCGUCGAAACAGUAGGUGACGUAUUACGCAGGGUGGUGAUGAAAGUUGAGGCGGGAAAGCAUGUUCGACGUUACAUGAUGUCUUCUCUGAAUGUUGAGAGCUGCAUUCUCGUCAGUCAUUUGGAAACCUUCUGACUGGCUCAAAAGCCUUGUUUUUGGGUCGAGCCGCUUUCGAAUAGCUUCGAUCCGGUAAUAGUCGGUUUCGCUGAAAACGGUAGCCUCUUUGAGAAUACCGGUCCUUUCUUCUCCACGAUCAUUCUCCAGCCAUUUGGUAUGGCUGAAUCCACGGGGCUUCACAGGACUUCAAACCUCCGUCUACACUUGAGAGAUGUCGUAUCUACAAUAAAAUGCCAUAGAUUUCUUGGUCUAAACGGCACUCCAGUCCGGUCACCAAGGCGUCAGGAAAAGACAAUCCACAAGCUGAACAAAGUGAAAGACUGGGAACUAGCAAUGACUUGGAAUGUCAUACGUCGGAAACGCUUGACUGUGAUAGGCAAUGUCCUAACGGGAGAAAUGACACCAUCUGGUGUAAAGGAAAGAAAUGGAAAGAGAAAAACGGGUGCCACGAGGUGAGUUCUUUUUUAUGUAGGGAUUCAGCAUAAGAACUGUGUCUUUAAACAACAUACUCAUGAUCUUGGAUGAGCAGCCCGUUGAGUCAUCCGCAUGUAUCAUUAGGCUGCAUCAGUGAAACUUGAGAAAGUCUAGUCUACUCAGGAACCCGAGUUAACUGACUUGGUUCAAAGAGCGCUGUGUCUCGUGCUUGGAGAGAUCUUAAUAUUCUUAUUUCCAUUGUGUAGGGACCCGGCGGUGUUUGGUGUGACGUGGAUGUGGUGGAAUUUGCGUAUUACGGACCACCUGAGUCGUCUUCGAAAGAACACCUAUAUUCAGACCUCAUGGAGUCUUUACGAGGAUGUGAUUCCACCAUAGGAUCAGGUUCCCAGGUGGCGAGUCAAAAAUCAUAUGGAACACUGGGAUGUAUAGUUCGGAGUCUUACUCCUGAGCACGAACUGGGAUUCCUCACUAAUAGGCAUGUGGCUGUCGACCUGGACCAUCCACAUCAGAAGAUGUUCCAUCCGCUGCCUCCAAGUCUAGGUCCGGGAGUGUAUCUGGGAUCAGUGGAAAGGGCUACUUCAUUCAUCACCGACGACCUGUGGUACGGAGUUUUCGCGAGCCUGAAUGAAGAAACGUAUAUACGAGCGGAUGGGGCCUUCACUCCUUUUGCCCACGACUUCGACCUGAGGAAUAUUACUGCAGAUCUGAAGGGUGUUGGAGAGAUGGGGGACAUUAUGCGAGCUGAUCUUACGGCUCGAAUUGACAGCAUAAUCGGGAAGCAGGUGUUGAAGGUUGGCAGAAGCUCCGGCCUGACCAAAGGUGUAAUCAGGGCUUACGCUGUGGAAUACAAUGACGAAGAAGGAAUUUGCUACUUUACCGAUUUCUUAGUUAUCGGAGAAAAGGAGCAGUCGUUUGAUUUUGAAGGCGAUAGUGGCAGUUUGAUAAUCGUCACGGGGGAAGAACAUGAGAAGCCACGUCCUUUCGGAAUUAUAUGGGGAGGCACGGCAAAUCGCGGACGUUUGAAACUUGGCGUUGGCCGGGCACCCGAGAAUUGGACGAGCUGUGUGGAUCUCGGCCGUCUUCUCGAUUUACUCCAGUUGGAGCUCAUCAACACUAAGACAGCUUUGAAAGAUGCUAUAGAAGAACAUCGAGAAAUUCAUCAACGCAACCAAUUAGCAGAAGACAACGAGAUCUCAGCUUGUGAUUGGGAAUACGACGAGGCUGUUGACCUUUAUCGCUCCCCAUCCAAAACGUACGCCCCUCCAGAGGAAGUUCUUCAUCUUCAGCGGAUUGUCAGAAAAGCAAAUUCGCCAUCUUCAUUCAGACGGCCAGUUCAAAAGGCGUCGCCUUCUUCUCUUCCCUCAUGGAAAAAUCCUCCUUCCACCGAGCCACCAGAAGGAGUUGUACCAACAUCAUUUGAGCAUCGUAAGCAAAUCAAGGAUGAGAAAAGUCCAGAUUGUGAACGUGAAUCCGAUGUACUUGAGCGUGAGGGGAAACGCAAAAGACAGUCCGUGUGAUCGAUCUUUCCUCUUCCGUUCCCAAACAAAAGUGGCUGUUUCCAUCAUGUGGGUGUGCAUUGUGGACGGAUUAUGUUAGAAACAUGAAGCUUUCUAGCAAGAAACGUUUGAGAGACUCUCUGCUGAACAAAAUCCUCUUCCGAGGCAAAGUGAAACCGGCAGUCGGAUUUUGAAGCUUUUACCUCUAGGAUCUGGCAUGAUUUCUGAGUGUAGACGGAGAUUCUACGUACUACCCUAAUUGUGUACAGGAUGCUACAGCUAGGGUAUUGAGGCAAAGGAUGUUUGUGUCGAGCUACAAUGUAGAUCACUAGGUUGCAAGAGCUGGGGCAAAACAGCUAUACAGGUGUAUCAAAGCUCUAACUUGCAUCUACUUGCUGCUAAUACUCUAUGAUCAUUCACUUUUGAUAGUAACCUAGUUUUCCUUUUGGGGAGGACAAACUGUAGUGACAAGAAGGUUGUUUGGGAAGAACAAUUUCUGCUUGAGUGAAGUAUGAGAAACAUCUUCUGCAGUAGCUACUUAUACGUGCUACGAUGUGUACAAAGGCGAGAAAGCUAGUAAAUCAUCUCACGAUUUGUCAGCUUUGAAGCUG